GCCCCCCAUCAGGAGGACAGCCAGGCCACUGAGAGCCCGGACACAGGCCUAUACUACCACCGAUACCUCCAGGAGGUCAUCAAUGUGCUAGAGACAGAUGGGCACUUCCGUGAGAAGCUGCAAGCUGCCAACGCUGAGGACAUCAAGAGUGGAAAGCUGAGCCGAGAGCUAGACUUUGUCAGCCACCAUGUCCGAAAGAAGCUUGACGAGCUCAAGCGACAGGAGGUAUCAAGGCUGCGGAUGCUGCUCAAGGCCAAGAUGGAUGCAAAGCAGGAGCCCAACUUGCAGGUGGACCACCUGAACCUCCUCAAGCAGUUUGAACACCUAGACCCUCAGAACCAGCACACGUUUGAGGCUCGGGACCUAGAGAUGCUGAUCCAGACGGCCACCCGAGACCUCGCCCAGUAUGAUGCCGCACAUCAUCAAGAGUUCAAACGCUAUGAGAUGCUUAAGGAACAUGAGAGAAGACGCUACCUGGAGUCUCUGGGAGAGGAGCAGCGGAAGGAGGCCGAGAGGAAGCUACAAGAGCAACAGCGCAGACACCGGGAACACCCCAAAGUCAAUGUCCCUGGCAGCCAAGCCCAGUUGAAGGAGGUAUGGGAGGAGCUGGAUGGAUUGGACCCCAACAGGUUCAACCCCAAGACCUUCUUCAUACUGCAUGACAUCAACAGCGAUGGUGUGCUAGAUGAGCAAGAACUGGAAGCUCUCUUUACCAAGGAGUUGGAAAAAGUUUACGACCCAAAGAACGAGGAGGAUGACAUGAGAGAGAUGGAGGAGGAGCGGCUGCGAAUGAGGGAGCACGUGAUGAAGCAGACAGUGGAAAUGUAUCCGGCCUACACAGAGGAGGAGCUGAGGCGCUUUGAGGAGGAGCUUGCUGCUAGGGAGGCUGAGCUCAAUGCCAAGGCCCAGCGCCUCAGCCAGGAGACAGAGGCCCUGGGGCGCUCCCAGGACCGCCUGGAGGCUCAGAAGAGAGAGCUGCAGCAGGCUGUUCUGCAGAUGGAGCAGAGGAAGCAGCAACAGCAAGAACAGAAUGUUCCACCUUCCAAACCUGAGGGAAAGCUGCAGUUCCGUGCAGACACAGGUGACGCUCCUGUCCCAGCUCCAGCAGGUGACCAGAAAGAUGUGGCUCCUGAAAAGAAGGCCGCAGAGCAGCCCCCUGAGCUGCCCCAGCUGGAUCCCCAGCCCUUAUGACCUCUCAGUGACCCCAGCCCUCAAAUUCCUGCAGAAAGUGACAGAAGCCAGAUGAAGUAGCCUUGCAGCCUCUGUGGAGGCCUGAGCCUGCAAGGCUUCCUGGGGAGGAGAAAGGGCUACCCUGUUCCUCAGAUGCAUCUCUGCCUGUGUCUGCCACUCUCAGCUCUCACAGCCUCCAGGUCCCAGUCCCUUCCUUCUGUCUCCUGGCUUUUCUUUAUUCUGUCAGUGACUUACUGCAGGAGCUGACGUGAAGAGAGACCCUCUGUACCUGGAGUGCUUGCUCUGGGCCUGCCUUCCUUUCUGGUUUGCUCUUAGCUGUUCCAGGCUCAGCCAGUUUGCAUUCUGUCACAGGAGCUUGGCUUGGUCCCUCUAACUGCCUUCUGUGGGGCCAAUGGGCUCAGUUCCUUUCCAUGGUUGGAGGCUGGGGACUUGGGGUUCUCUCAAGUAACUAUCAGUUCUGCCUGGGCCGCUGGCUUCCAUUGCUGCCUCACCAGCCUUACCCUGACCUCAUGAGCCCAAUACCUACCCCAUGGCUCCAGAAGGUACCUAGGUAUGGCUACACCCCAGCUGAGAUCCAAAUGCCCUCAGCCCACACCUGUGGGGGCUCCUGAAAAUUCGUAACCCACUUCCCUUGUUUCAUGCCACACUGCUGUGUCUUACUGUGCUCCAGUUCCAUUCAAAUAUAGUCUGAUACAAGUAAA